ACCCGGAAACAUUUCUCAGGACACCGCUGAGCAACGCUAUGCUUUCAUCCGGUGAGAAACAGCGAGCAUACUCGAAUCUGGUCACAGAAAAUACAUUGAUCUUGGUAAACAGGGAUAUGGCAGUGCGAGCUUGUGGCUUUAUAGUAUUUCGACGUCUAGCCAGCUGUAUUCCUCCACAAGACAACACUGAGUAUCUCCUUCUUCAGACCUCAUAUGGGGAACACCACUGGACCCCACCUAAAGGCCAUGUGGACCCAGGUGAGGAUGACCUCACCACAGCUCUGAGAGAGACCAAGGAGGAGGCGGGGCUGGGGACGGAGCAGCUGCAGGUGAUUGAUGGCUUUGUUCAGGAGCUGCACUAUGAGGUACGAGGCAGACCCAAGGAGGUACGGUACUGGCUGGCCGAGCUGAGAGACCCGGAGACAGCAGUGACGUUGUCUGAUGAGCACCAGGACUACCGCUGGGCCAGGCUGGAGGAGGCCUGCACUCUGGCCCGGUACAAAGACCUGCAGGACACACUGAGAGCAGCGCACAGACACUUACAGGUUUGGCAGGACAAACAGUGAUGCAGCCAAAUUUGGACUGUAAGGGAUGAUUAAAGAAAGGAAAUAACUGUCAAUAGGUAUGUGACACCUUACAUUAUCUAUUGUGAAAGUACUGCUUCUAGUUCAUACAAUUUCAAG